GUGCCGAUGACGGUGAACCCUAUGAUGAACGCCGAGUUGAGAGGUCAGGCCACCAUGGCCUUCUCCGCCAGUGCCAGUGCAGCGAUGCUGCAGGAGGCGCAACAGGUGGUAAGGGCAGCGGGCCAGCGGGAGUGCACGGUAUAUCCCGACUGGCGAAAGAAGUGGCUGGGGAACCACGUGUCGAUGGCUUUGGGUGGUCAUGCCUACUGCGCCAAUGUGGGAUCUUGGGAGACCUGCUUGAACCUUUGCCAGAAUGAUGAGGCCUGUCACCAGGUGGUUUACCUCAAUACGGGCAUGUGCUGUGGCAUGCGCGAGGCCUCCGAAGAAGAUCAGGACGGCCUGGGCGGUGAGAACUUUGGCUGGACCUCAGCGGAGUGCUACAAAAAGGUGAACACGAUUGAACUCUGUUCUGCAGCUGCACUGAACCUCUACACUGAUGUGGAUGUUCAAGGCUUUGCACUACCCAAGUCCAUGACUCUCUCUUUGAGCACCGACUGGCUGGUGAACGCCAUAGGGGAUGCCAUCGUGGAAGGUGCUAAGGCCAUGAGCAAAUACCUCUUUGGUGCCGUUGCAACAUGCGGACCCUGGAGUGGUGCACUGGAGUCGCUGAUGAAUUUGGCGGCGGAACAAGCUGCCGAGGCAUUGAAGAGUUUGACGCUUGUACGAAAGGAGGGUUCGGACUCCCCCAGGUUGAGAUAG